UUAAAAAUAAAAUUUCUGAAGUAAAUAUAGCAAACGUGGAUAUAAUCGAAAGCUUUAAUAAAGUAUAUAAAUCGUGGUAUAAAAUACUAGUUGUAAUAUUAAAAAAUUAUCUGUUGGAAGAACGAACGAAGAAAUCAGGGAAAUAUUAUAACAUAUAAGAAGGUUUGUUCCUACGCGCGCUACGUUUCGCAAGGCAUGCUGGGCUGAUAGAAGACCCUGAUAGAAGACCCUAAUCGCCGGCCAAUCAGAAGCCAGAAAGUGUGGCACGGGCGCUCCAAUCUUCAACCUGAUCGAGGGAUUUUCGGUGUUUGGCUGGAGCGCGCAAAAAUCGUGGAGUAAGUCGUUUCACCCGCGGAAAAUUGUGUGAAAUCGAGAUCAACUGUAUACCAGAGACUGUCUGUGGAUCAAUUGGUGGAGAGUAUUACCAGUAAAAGAAUAGACAAAAUGUCGGACCGCAAAGCAGUUAUUAAGAAUGCUGAUAUGUCGGAGGAGAUGCAGCAGGAUGCUGUUGAUUGUGCCACCCAAGCUCUCGAAAAGUACAACAUUGAAAAGGACAUCGCGGCAUUUAUCAAGAAGGAAUUUGAUAAAAAGUACAAUCCGACGUGGCACUGCAUCGUCGGACGUAAUUUCGGUAGCUACGUCACACACGAGACAAGACAUUUCAUCUACUUCUACCUGGGCCAGGUAGCCAUUCUCCUCUUUAAGAGCGGAUAAGCUGAUUUCUAUUUUUCCGUAUUCGAAACAAGCCCGAACCACCUUGCCCCUCCCCAUUACAUACCCCGAAAAUUCUCCAAAAUCCUGCCACAUCCUGCUUUUCCAAUAUCCCAGAGUCGCCAACUCUCAGUCGCCAUGCCACUUAUAUAAAUUAAAUUAUAUUACGUGUACGUAUAUGACGACAGCUUGUUUUUGAAAAAAAAAAAGAAAAAAAAUGAGAGAAAUGUCCCGCAAGAGUAUGACAUGGAAGGCGUUGAUUAAAGGGAAAGCGAGAAAAGGAAUUAUGAUAACGAUCCCACCAUCUCGACGUUGUUAACGGUUUCUUCGUGGACCGAAUGAAUUAAAGAUGAAGAAAAGAAAUAUUGUGUAGAGAAUCUAAGGGUUAGGGGGACUUGUUUGAAUGGUUAAAAAAAUGGAGUGGACGUGUAAUGGCGGACGGUGAUGAUGAUGAUGUAGAUGAUGAUGAAAAAACUGACAUACUACCUUACAUGUUGAAAUGUAUUGCGUAUGCCAAAAAAAGCUUUGUUGUGUUCUUGUUUUAUAUUAGGUAUAUAUGUAAGGUUGGGUUCAGUGUUGGCGAUUUGAAGUCGGAACAGAAUUUUUCUCGUUGGUUAACGUGAGCGUUUAUUAUGCCAGAAGAGACAUUUUGAAUAAAAAAAACUACAGGAUCAGAUAUCACAUAUUGUUGAUCAUAGUGGAAUGAGAUGUAUCGAGGAACGAUGAUCAAUGACUAACAGUCGCCAUUAAUGAACGCAAGCCAGGUUAACGAUUAAUUAUCUCAAAGGAAGAAGAUAAAAUUAAUUAUGUCAAAUCGAUCGUAUAUCGUCCCUACUUACCCCAACGCUACACAUAACGUUUCAUAUAUAUAACGGUAUACCUAUUUUUUUUUAUUUGUUUAACUACAUUUUGUUUAAGUUUAAGGUAAGAAUGCAUUAAAAAAGUGAAGAUGAAUUCAACACAGUCGACGAAAGCAUUAGAUUUUUUUUAUAUAUAUAAAUAUAUAUCGGAUAUAUAUAUGUAUGCGUAAUACAUAUGUAUAUAUAUUGCGCACUCGAUAAUUAUUAACUGCAUAACAGCCGAGUAUCAAUCGUUGUAAUACUAACACAAUAUUAUUACUUAAAUAAUAUUAGAAGACCUUUUGUUAUACUACCGUUGUAUUUUGUAACUGGCACGGGACUUUGAUGAUCUAUUUGUCGAAAAAGGAAGGAAGAAAAAAAAUAGGAUGGUUAAGAAAAGGAUUGAUAAAGAUAAAAUGGCGAUGCAUACUUAAAAUGAAGAUAAAAUCAAUUGAUUCCCAGGCAAUGCCACUUGCUCUCUCUCUCUCUCUCUCUCUCUCUCUCUCUCUCUCUCUCUCUCACACACACACACACACACUCUCACUCUCUCACUCUCUCACUCUCACUCACUCACACACACACAUUCUGUCUUUCUCUGUUCGUUCCAAUCAUUACUUGAUCAUUUAAUACUCCAUAUUAUGGUAAUUAUACAUAACAUUAUUAUAUAGAUUAUUAUACACAUAUAUUGCUAUUUAUACAUAGUGCAAUCUCCAAACGAUAUUUCCAUGCAGAGUGCUCCCGGCUCGCGGCAGACGUAGGAUCGAUUUUUAUCGUCCAAGAAUUGAGACACUAAGAUUGUUCAAAGGACUUUUUCAAACUGGGUGCGCGAUUAUUCAGUCCAAAGCGCGUAUCCCCUUGGUACGUGUGUAUCCGAAAGUUUAUCACCUGGAAUCUUCGCAGUUCCACCGUUUUUAAAUAGAUUUAUAAAUAUAAUGUAAAACUUGAAGCGGACGAGAGACUUUUUUCACUUCUCGCCAGAGUCAAAAGUCGGCCCAAGGCACUCUCCAAGUGAGACAGCGUGAUGGACAAGACGAGACGAGGUUAAUAAAGUUGCACGUUGUGUAAAAAACAUGGGGAAAAAAUGAAAACUAUUAGAUGACGAGUCGCAAGCGUCAUUUGAUAAUGAGGUACGAGAAUUCGUACUUGCAUUGAAAGAAAUCGAAGGAUACAAGAGCAUAAUUAGUGCGUGCGAAUCCGUGAAAAUGUGCGAGAAUGGAAUUAAGGAUGCGAUACCGAUUUAAGAGAUAAUCGUGCACUAUGGUUGACCUGUGCUAAUAAUCGACCGGCGUAUGUGUGCUUACGUGGAAUACGUAUGAUAAGGUAC